UAUAUAUAUAUAUAUAUAUAUAUAUAUAUAAAGAGAAAAUCAUUACAACUGUGAAGUAUUUUAUUUCCCUCUGUUGAGAUUUUGAGAGCUGUUGUAGCCUUUCAGAGCUUAGAUGAGCUACCUGAGGAAUUAUUUGCAAAGGGAUUGCAAUCCUAAUUUCAGACAAAACAAACUUUACAAACCAACAAAGAUCAAAAAAACAAAUAAGAAACCGUAUACUCAAGUGAUGGAAAUGGAAUAUCUCAAUUUAUCAAAUCUUGUAGAACUUUUCAUAAGAAAAAUAUAUUUUCUUUAGAAAUACGUACUUGGGACCAAAUUGUAUCACUUAAUAUUAUUUAAUAUUUUAACUAUGAGAUUUUUCUGGACUUGACUUUAAUCCUUAGUGUAUCAUUGAUUACUAAUUCUUGCUACAGUAUGAUGAGGGCAAUAACAUGUUUGAAAAUUUAACCUUAAACUUUUGCUAAUUCUAGUGGUAGCAAAAUAUUUAUAUACCCCUAAAUAAAUUUUGAGGAAUCAAAGGAUUGAUACAUAAGUGAAUACAUAUAAAAUGUUGAUUGCAAACAAAAGAAAGAUGAUUGUCUGAGAGAAUAUAAUUUGUCAGGGCAUUUUAUUUGCAGGACGUAAUAAAACUGGACAAUAAUAUCUAUCUCGUAUGGUCCUUGUGAGUAUUAGAUAUAUUAAUCUUAUAAAGCACAUGAAAGAAUGCUUAGCACAUAGUAUUUGCUAUAUGAGUGUUAUUUAUUAUCAAUAGUAUUCUUAAGUAUCUAGAUUUAGAGCUACCCUGAGGCUCUACUGAAUACAGUAUGUAAGAAAUUUCUCAUUGUAACUUUCUCUUUUCUGUUUUGCACACAUUUCUUGUGGGAUUACUUGAAGAAAUAUUCUCAGUAUUGUUCCACAUCAAGAUGGCCACUAGUAGCACUGAGCUUAUAUCUUACUAGCUAAGCUACUUUUUCAGAAAAUGAACAUUGUUUUCCUCAAUAAUUUCAACAAAAUUUCUAGGUAAGUUUCUCAAUACACUAGGUUGGAUCAUGAGCAUAUUACAAAAUAAACCAUAUGGUUAAUCUUUAUUUUGGACAGGUUGAGACAUAUUAUGACCACUGCCCAUGAUGAUUAGGUCCAUUGCUCUCACAUGGUGUGAACUAGAAGUGAAAGAGAGGUAGACAUUCAAAAAAGAUUGAAAUGCUGCUACAGAAGAAAAAGAAAAUACUGAGGUCUCUGUAAUCACAGAUAUUUAUGUUAUAAGAAAUCAAUACAGAUUAAAAAUUAGGUAAGAAAAUUGAUUUACUAAUAAUCUUGAUCUUUAGCCACAUUUCUCUGAAAUAAAUUUGCUCUAAUGCUGUGACGGGGAUCAGCAAGCUACGUUUUCCAAGUUCCUUCAAGUGGGAUCCUGCUAGGUUCUGCUAUUGGGAGGUACUAGAGAAACAUAGGCAAAAGAAUGGAAGAAUAGGUCUCCUUUCCCUGUUUGUUUGCUGUCCUUGCCGAUAUUCUCCCAAGAACAUCCCCUUGCCCUAGGAGCAGUAAUUGUUUCAGUUUACCAAUUUUUUCAGAGCCCCAGAAAGUGCCUCUUCAGAGGUAACAGCAGCAGUUGGAACAUAUCUCUCCCUCAGAGGUCUAGCCUCAGCUCAGGAAGGCUUUUACUCUGAGUUAACAAAUUUUAAUAACUCCAGUCUCUUCCCUUUAUUCAUCUAAGCUUCUGAGGAGGUCCGUAUGUGGCCAGGAGAUGGUGGUGAUAGCUGCAUCUUGCAGUCAUUUUCUUUGCUUUCCACAAUGUUGUUACUUUUUUCUCCGAUUUCUUAUGUGGUCAAUUUUUUAAUAUUAACUCAUAGUCAUAGUGUAGUAUUCAUACUUUAUGUGAAAUGAAAUGUAUUUUAUAAUGUAGCCAUGGCCUACCAAUAGCAUAUUUUCUUUUAGAUUUGGUGAUAUAUAUUUUGCUUCAGUGACUUUAUAUCCUUAUUUGUUGCCCAAAUUAGUUUUUUGUAUACAAAACAUCCAGUAUUACCCUGGUGCCAUCAUUUCUUCUGUUAUCCAUUGUCCUGUGAUUUCUCCUGGAAAGUGAAUUGUUUAUCCGUCCAUUUCACUCUGUGAAGUCAUACAGGUCUAUCUAUAUAGAACUCCUGUGCUCCAAUUUAUUCCCUGUGUGAAACUGGGCAAUGCAUUAAUCUGGGAAUAUGUUUCUUCAUAUGCAAAUCAGAGAUAACACUUACCUCACAACAUUGUUUAGAGCAUUAAAAGAAAUAUAAUAUGAUAUCAUUCACACAGAAUUUCCCUGGGUGUGAAUUGAACAAUGUCAAUUUUUCUCCCAUUUAAUGUGAAAACUAACUAUAUAAAUAAACAAAAAAAAGUAUAAAAGAAGAAAAAAUCAAUAAAAAUUAUCAAAUAUAUACAUAUUAAAAUAUUAUCGAGUCUUAUACAAAUUGAGUUUUUCAAAAAUAAUAAUGAUUGUAACUUUUAUAUUGCAGUUAAUGCAAGAAGCAUUAUGAAGGAGAAUCACACGUCUAGAGCAAAGUGAUGUUAAUAGUGUUUAUGUUUGAGCCAGAUGGAACUCCUCAUAGGAGCACACAGUGCUCACCUCCUCCCAACUUUGCAUUCAAAGAAAUCAUAUUCGUAAGCCAAAAUUGGUCGUAGAGGAAAUAUUCAACACCACUAAAUUAAGCAAACUAAAAAUACAGCAGUUUUUCUCAGUGAACUGGUUGUUAAAUACAUACUAAAUCACCACUAGGUGGUAUAGGCCCUCAUAAAUCGCAAAAUAAAAAUGGGACUGCUUAGUUUCUAUUUUGUUACUUUCUUUAUUUCUGAAGAGAAUGAGCUCAAAUUUUAACAGCAGAGAAAAAAAUAUAGUUAUGAGAGAAUCAGACUUUCAAGUAUGUGGGGCUAUUUUAAGGAAGGACAUAGAUGUUCUAAAUUUAUCCUAGCCAAGAAAAAAAAUGUGCUUGGUUGGCUACAAAUGAAAAUCAAUAAAAUCCUCCCAUAGGAUUAUUGAUCAGUCUAAACCAAGUGUCAAUUUUUUUUUUGUAAAGGGACAUAUUGUAAAAAUCUUGGUCUUUAUUGGCCUGUUUCUGUCUCAACUAACAAACUCUGCUGCAUUAGUGUAAAAGUAACCAUAGGCAAAGAAUGUAAAUGUAAAUGAAUAAAUAUAAUUGUGUUCUAAUAAAUUUUUAUUUGUAUAUCAAAAUUUAAAUUUUAGCAUGUCAUGAUAAGUUAUUCUUUGGGUUUUUUUCAAUGAGUAAAAAAUGUAUAAUCUACAUUUAGUUUGCUUGCUCUACUAAGUGAGGUGGGGGCCAGAUUCAGCUUGAGGAGGGUGGCUAGCUAACUCUUAGUGUAAACAAUAUAUAUUAUUUAGUAUUCCUUUGAAGUGAUCAACUUGGUUAUAAUCAUGGUAAGCUGGCAAGUGAGUUGUAAGAUAAGGACUAUGUUACUUAAGUUCUCCAGAGAAACAGAACCAUAAAUGAGAUAGAUAACUAAGAUAGAUGUAGACAUAGAGGUAGAGAUGGAGAUAGAGAUAGAUGAGAUAAAGAUACAGAUGAUAGAGAUAGAUAUAGAUGACACAGAGAUACAUAUACUGAUACAGAUGAGAUAGAUAGAGAUAGAGACAGAGAUAGCUAGAAGAAGAUAAUUCUUGGGAGGAAUUGGCUCACAAGGAUGUCGAGGCUGAGAAGUUCCACAGUCUCCUGCCUGCACGAUGGAGGCCCAGGAAAGUUAGUGAAAUAGUUCAACCUAAGCCCAAAAGUCUGAGAACCAGGUGUUCCAAUAUCGGAGGACAAUAGAAGAUGGAUGUCCCAGCUCAAGAAGACAGAUUAAAUUCACCCUUCCUCUGCCUUUUUGUUUUAUUUGGGCUCUGAAUAGAUUGAAGGAUGCCCAUAGAUAUUAGUGAGGAUGAUCUUCUUCACCCAGUCUACCUAUUCAAAUACUAAUUUCUCUGGAAACACAGACACACUCAGAAAUAAUGUUUCAUCAGCCAUGUGGGCAACCCUUAGCCCAGUAAAACUGACACAUGAAAUUACUCAUCACAGGGAGGUCUGGGACAAUUCACGUCUUUGUUAAUUUAAAUAGACACAUGAAGAAAUUAUUUUUCCUCUAUCUUUUUUCCUUCUUCUUUCUCUUUCUUUCUUUCUCUCUUUCUCUUUCUUUUUGUUUUUAACUAAAGGACAUUUUGUAAGCACAUGAAACCAGGGAAUUGCAGUAGCCAUAUGGCUACUAUGAGAUGAGAAAAAGGAACGUUUUUGCAUCCUGCAGAUCUGCCCCAACUAUGGUCUUUGUGUUAACUGAGACGACAAAUACGUUACUAUCUAAGCUUCCUUUAGUAACGUCUUCCACUACCUUUAUGUUAAAACAUUUUAAAAGAUAAAAUUAAAAAUAUAAAAUGUUGUCCUUUUAGAGUGGAAUAAAGUUGGCUUCCAUAAGCUCCGAUGUGAAUUUUACACUGAUUCUGGCCAAAUUUUUCAGAUAAUUUUAGAAAAUUGCCUAAAAAUACUCUGUAAAUCUAGUGUUAAUUAUUAGACAUUAUUUUUUUCAAAUGUUAUUAAUAUUAUAGUGUUAGAUGAAGAAAGUAUAAUCACUAGGGAUGAGUUUAAUUUCCUUAAGAAAGACAGAUAUCAGGAUCCUCUAAUAAUACAUUAAAGGCUCACUAAAGUCAGAGGUAUGUAUUUGGUAAUGUACCUCACUAUAUUCUUGUGGACAAGAAGGAGCAAUAUGGAUUAGGUAAUGGAAUAAUUUGGUAAAUUAUUUAAUGGUUAAUAGUUACAUAUUACUAACAAAUAAAAUGGUUUUAACCUGACAAAUUCAUUUUUGUUUAUAUUCUGGUAACAUUUUCAUCAGUGUUUUAGACAUGUUCAUCUGUCAAACACAUGAAAAGUGAAACAACUCUGAGGAUUAGCUAAUAGGUUGAAUGAUAAAAUAAAAACCUAUAUGGAUGUCUGUAUAUUAUAAUUAUGAAACAGCUUUUAGUCAUUAAAACUAAAUAGGAAAGACCCUUAAAUAUUACAUGUUUAACAAUAAACCACACACACAUAAUGACAAUGCUAGGAUGAGAGACAUAUGUUUUAAAAAGCAAGAUUUUACUACAACAAGCAGUGUUUAGCUAGCUAGGCUGUAAACCAAGGGUUGGCAAAGUAUGGCCUGCAAGCCAUAUCCAGCCAAUAGACUGGUUUUGUAAAUAAAGUUUUAUUGCAGCAUGGACACAAUCAUUCAUUUGUGUAUUGUCUAUAAAUGCUUUCUCACUGCAACAGCAGAGUUGAAUAGUUGUACAGAGAUUAUAUGGCCCACAAAACCUAAAAUCUUAGCCUCUUUCCCUUUACAGUAAAGGUUUAUUAAUCCUGCCUAAAAACAAUUUAGCACAGUAAUUUGGCUACAAGGAAAAUAAUGAUUUUCUCUUAUACAUUUAAUGUCUGGACAAGGUUAAUGAGAGCUAUGUUUUUCUCCAGGUAGAGUAUCCUGGACGUGCAGUUUAAAAAAAAAAAAAGCAUCACAUUUUGAGAGUCUGUCAUUUGAAGGCAUGGUCUAGUCUAAUCAUGGUUUAUCUCAAAUGUAAGUUCAGAAAUUGUGGAUGUUACAGCAAGACAUAAUUUGACUCUAAAUCAGCAAGUACUUUCAAAUAUUCAGAACUAUCUGGAAGUGAAAACAGCUUCCUCUGUAGACAGACAGCAAGUUUCUUAUCCCAGAGCCUUGUAGAUAGACCAUCUGUGCAGGUUAUAAUCAGGAGAUUCACAAAUGUGAUAAUGAUGACAUAGUCACAUUGACAAUGAGGCUUUUAGUCAUACAGAUUAAAUAUAUACUCUAUUGUGCAAACCUCCUAGUAAUUGAGAAUAAACUUAAUCUUGGGCUACAAGUAGAUACAAAGUAUUCUCAGUUAGAUUUUACAUGUAUACAUUUUGAAACUAUUAAUUUUUAAAAAAUAAAGCAACGACUUUAAAAAAAAAUUUUAUUUAUUUAUUAUUUAUUUAUUUAUUUAUUUUUAUGGAGUCUCACUCUGUCGCCCAAGUUGGAGUGCAGUGGCGUGAUCUUGGCUCACUGCAACCUCUGCCUCCCAGGUUCAAGUGAUUCUCCUGCCUCAGCCUCCCGGGUAGCUGGGACCACAGGCAUGUGCCACCAUGCCCGGCUGAUUUUUGUAUUUUUAGUAGAGACAGGGUUUCACCAUGUUGGCCAGGCAGGUCUUGAACUCCUGACCUCAGGUGAUCUGCAUGCCUCAGCCUCCCAAAGAGCUGGGAUUACAGGCGUGAGCCACUGCACCCAGCCAAUUUUCCCAUUUUUGACACACUAAUUCUAAAGUAAACUUUCCCCUUCAUUACUUGAAGAUUUAUUUCAGGUGUUUUUCAGUUCCUCCUAAUUUCAGCUCCUCAGUUCAAAUUUGGCUCACAUUAAUGAUGGUUAUCUGUUCUUGACACAUAGAAAAUACAAAUAUAGGACUUUUACUGAAUUCUAUUUUUUAAAAAGUUCUAAGGAAAAAGCUAUUACAUCCACAUAUAUGUGUAAAAUGUAACAUGGACCUAAGAACUACUGUGAAUAAAUAGCUUGACUUUUAAUACAAGAGAGUAUAUUGAAUUUAAAGCUAAGAAUCUGGGAAUUCUGGAGUACCGUCUGCUAGAAACAUUAUUAUGUCAAAAAUAACAAAAAGGGUUAUUUGACAUGAUUUGCUGAUCAGUAAGCCCACCGAGGGAAGCCCUCCCAGGUUUAUGUGAGAAGUAGUCAGUUUUUUACUGGUGCAGAAGAAAUGCUUUUUAUUGCUCCAAGGAUGGCACUGAGCCCCACAAAGCAACCACUGGGGAAUAUCAGGUUAAUAGCAUGAAUCUGUGGUUAUAAAACAAGCACACUGUUUUAAAAACAUAUUUAAAGUAAUUCAUGAGUUGGAUGUUUCCUGAUAGGUAUACUUUUCAGUUUAGGCAUUUAAAAAAAAGUCUGCAGUGUACCUUUAUUUUCACUUUUACUUUGGUGUUUUGAUGUCUAUAGAAAUGAGCAGUUUCUCUACUUCUUUCCCAGAAAUUAAUCUCCAAUGCUGACGUGAGCACAAAGACCUUAUGUACUGCGCUGGGAAAUAUGUUGUGUUUUAAGAAUAAAAAUUUUCAUUAGAGUUAGUCCAUGCAUCACAGAUAUUAUCCUUCCUGACAAGAGGAACACUAAAGCACAGACACUGUGUUGGGCUGUAGUUCUCAAUGGAAAAAUUAAGCUUUUCAAAAUGUUAGUCACUGCCAUGCUAGAUGUUUCUUUAAGUCAUUUUUACUACCUGUUUUGAUAGAUUCUAAGAAUCAGUCUUACAUUGUAUUUUUCUAUGGCUUACUGUUAAAAUCUUAUUCAUAAAAAUAACUAUCAUGCAUGGAAAUAGUAUAUACCAAAAUCAUAAACCAGAAAGUAAUUUAUAUUUAACCCUCAUAACAGUACUUCAAAGUAGAAAUUAUCUCAUAUUGUAGAGGAAACACAGGCUCAGAUAGGAUAUAAAUUGCCCAUAUCACAAAAUUAGUAAGUGAUGGAGCUAGAAUACAAACAAGAUCUGCCUAUUUACACAAAUCAAUAAUUUUUCCUCUAUAACAUGUUGUCAUUACAUGCCUUUGGUUUUCAAGUGAAAUGCACUCAACUUCACAUUUUAAAAUAUGCCACAAAUGUACCCAUAAAGUAAGUGAACAUGACUAUUGAGUGGGACCACAAUUAAAAAGUUUGCCUUGGGACCUUUGAAACAAAGACGGUAUACUGACCCUUGGGGAACUGAGUUACAUGCCCAAGUCCAGCCAAGAGAUGGAACUUGUGGGACCUCAGGUCUCCUGCUCCAGUCUAAGUCCAGCUCUUUCCUUCCAUAGGAAAGGAAGAAGAAGGAAACCAUGGCUCCUUUGGCACUUUAGAAAGAAAUCCGAGCAAUCCAGGGGCCAAAGCUCACACAGGCAAUGAGUUCUCUUCACCAUUGUCUGGACCACUGUACCCAGGGCUCAUGGAUAAUCCUCAAGCCCUGUGGGCUGUCAAGUAGGACGUGCUUAACUGCUAAGACUUGUGCUAACAGGAGCUCUGGGACCUCAGGGAGAAUGGGCUCGCGUUCAUCUUGCACCUGCCUUUGUUUUAGCACUGAUCUAACUCUCACAUUUUUUACCCACCCGUCUCCCUAGUAGCCUGAAAGUCAUUCAGAGCCAGGGGUUGUGAUGGUCCCCUCUGUGUCCACUGUCCCCAGCGCAGGGUCCAGCACACCACAGUGGGUAGCAAAUGCUAUUUAAAUGAGAUGGGAUGAAAUUCCCUUCCUUCACUUUCUUCACCUCAAGGUAAGGACCAUGUUCCUGUUUCCGUCAUUCCCUGUCCUUCUCCUGUCUGUGGUUACAGCUUCCUGCUCCAAAACAAAAGCCUAUGCGGAUACCCAGAAGACCUGCUCCAUGAUUACCUGUGGCAUCCCCGUCACCAAUGGCACCCCAGGCAGAGAUAGGCGAGAUAGACCCAAGGGGGAAAAGGGAGAGCCAGGUCAAGGGCUCAGAGGUUUGCAGGGCCCUCCUGGGAAGAUGGGGCCCCCAGGAAAUACAGGGGCUUCUGGAAUUCCAGGACCUAGGGGCCAAAAAAGAGAUCAUGGGGACAAUUCAGUUGCUGAGGCUAAGCUGGCCAACUUAGAGAGAGAGCUACAGAGCCUGAGAUCAGAACUGGACCACACGAAGAAGCUGCAAGCCUUCUCCUUGGGGAAAAUGUCUGGGAAGAAGCUUUUCGUGACCAAUGGUGAGUGGAUGCCUUUCUCCAAAGUGAAGGCUGUGUGUGCUGGGCUCCAGGCCACAGUGGCUGCCCCCAAGAAUGCCGAGGAAAAUAAGGCCAUCCAGGAUGUGGCCAAAGACACUGCCUUCCUGGGCAUCACAGAUGAGGCAACUGAAGGCCAGUUCAUGUACUUGACGGGCGGGAGGCUGACCUACAGCAACUGGAAGAAGGAUGAGCCAAAUGACCACGGCUCAGGGGAGGACUGCGUUAUUCUCCUGAACAACGGGCUCUGGAAUGACAUCUCCUGCGCCUCCUCCUUCAUUGCCGUCUGUGAGUUUCCUGCCUGAAGAGGCACGUUCCUCAGCCCCCUCCUUGGCUCCCUGCUGAACUCUCUGCUGGAUCAGGGAGAGAAUUCAGUGUUGGAAGAGAAUUCAAUGUUGGUUUUCUUCUGCCCUGUGUUGAGUCCUUCCUUCAUGUGGAUGGGAGGAAAAUGAAGGGGAUAUAUUUGAUUGUGGGGUGAGAACAGAAGAAGAGGCUGGCUGUCAGGCACAAGGGUUCUGGUUCAGAAAUGGCAAAGGACACCACCAUCCCACUAGGAGCACAGCGCUGGGUCGGAGUCUACACUGGAAAGGGCCACGUCUGACCCUCUCAUUUCAUGGUGAAGACACUGAAGCCCACCAGAAGGAACCAGUGGGGCCACACCUGGGUCAGAGUAGGCUGUAGAUCCCAGCCACUGAGAGAUCUUAUUCCUUUUCUCCAUGAGUUGCCACUACUGAAUGCCUAAACUCCUUCCAUGGUGAGCCCAGACCUCUCUAGGACACAGGUAUUGUUUCUAGUUGUUCAUGAGCUGCGCCAGACAACCUCUCACUACCUGACUGUAACACUUGGCAAUAUCCUACGUGGGCAACAGUUGUUAGUCCUAGGAAUCCUCUCAUCCUGCCCAUGUAGCUGUGGCCACCCUUUAGUCACUAGGGUGACCUUAAGGCCAAAGAACAGCUUUUCCUCCUGCAUCAUUUUAGGAUGCUGACUCGAUAUUGAGGUGUGUCAGCUGCGUGUGAGGAGGCAAAUUGUCAUGCAGGGUGUACCCUUCUCCGCAGGCCUCGUGAGUCUCGUGAGUCUCAGCCCCAACCCCUACUCCAGUCCCCCACCUGCCCAGCAGCCCCUCCUUUCCCUGUAACACCCUCUUCCCAUUAUAGUUCAGUGGGCCCAUUAUCAGUACAGACAAGCGGAAAAUUACCCCAAAGGUGAGCUUCAUACCCUAUGGGUUAAAUUAUGCGGGCCCAGCUGGCCAACAAAUGCCAUCCACUUUCGGAGCAGGCUUCUGAUGCCAUUGGGACCCACAGUUCUGCUCAUGACCAUGGCUGUUUUUCAGCUAUCUCAGGGUGGGUGGCUCUGAGAUGACAUAGAGCCCGUGCAGCAAACUAAGGGAAGGGAAUGGAUUCCAGCACCUGCCGUAUGCCAUUCACACAAUGAGAUGGGAAAAUAUUUCAUAAAAAGGCUAAGGGCCACUUUAACUCUGUGAAAAGCUUUAGUUAAUCUUGGUUUUCUAUUUUACUUCUCUUUGUAUCUGAACUACCAGGAAAAUCACCACAUGGUUGGAAAGUGCUUGAUGAAUAUUUGUCAAAUGGAUGCAUCAAAAAAUUACACAGGGACGCAUGGGUGGGAUCCCAGGGAGUGAAUACCAAGCAUGCUUUCUCUCAGUUGUCCUUCUUCUGUAGGACUAUCCGGGCAGGGCUGGGACGUGCCAAGGGCAUUGGGACCAUCAGGGUGAGGGUGGCAGGACCUGUGUCCUUGGCCUCUGGCCUACAUAGACAGCCAUAUCACUGAAUUUUCAAUUCCAAAAACCCCUUCUAAAGGUGCCAAAAUUGGGGUCAAUGAGAGGAGUAUUUUCGUGAUGCACAGCAAAAUAAUUAACUGCUUCCAAUACAAUCCACACUGCUUACCGAGGGAACAGGACACUGGUUAAGCUUUAGAAGCACAUAUGAAGCCAUAGUGUAUGGCAAAUAGAGAAAGGAAGGACCAGAAACUUUUUAGAGGGAGAAAAGACACACAUAUACGGUGACCCAGAACAAAAGAAUGACCAGAACCAAGCAUGAAUGUUACACCAAGCAUGAAUGUUACACCAAGCGUGAAUGUUACACCUGAAUGUUCUCACAGCCUAGAUGAAAAUGAGAAAACUGGCCGGUGAUGGUUACAUCGUCCUUCCUAUGUUAUGCUAAGGAGGGUUGUCGUGGUCAGUGCUGAGAUGAAUGCCUCCUUUUCCACACUGUGCAUAAAGGACAAUAUCUUCAGCCAUGAAACUGUAGAACAUGCAGUUAUGUACUUUACAUAGGGGUGAAGUACAUAACUGGUUGUUAUGGUUUUCCAGCAUGCAAUGAUUGCCCCUCAGUCAGGGAAAUGCAAAAAAUCUUGCAGGGCAAGCUCCAAUUCUUCCAUCCCCCUUUCAGACUGCUUCUCUUAGUUCCUUCUAUGGGACUCUUUUCCUCCUAUCUCUCUCAAUGACUACAGCCUCAUGUUCCUGCUCUAAGAGCUUUUUAUGCCACCAAUGCCCUGUACUCCUUCUCCCCAGUUCAUAAGCCUCCUUCCCUGCCCCCUGGCACUUUGAGGUUCCUUGCUAAUUCUCUCUUCUCUCGGCUCACCUGGCAGGGCAUGAAGGCUCCUAUUUCUAUUUGAUGGUAAGGAAGAUUGCCAUGGUCAGUGCUUCUGGAUGGGUCGGGCUUUGUUCUCUCCCUGAUCCAGCACCUAACCAUCUCUUUUGAGCUCCUCUCUCUAAAUGUAUCUGCUGCCACACUGUUCUUCCUUUAGUCUGGAAUUGAGACAGAUUGCCUCUCUGUAUUCAUUUCUCAGUUCUUAUCUGCAAGCAAUGAGAGCCUGGUGUGUGUUAGCUGGGGAGAAGGUGGAGUUAAUCUGAAGAUAUAGGAUUCUCUUUCUGCAAGAAAGAUGCCAAGAAAAACAGCUUUUAAAAAAGAUACAGGAUUCUCAUGAAAGUCCAAAGAUUGAAACUUCAGUUCAUCCAGGCCUUCCAGGACCUGGGACAAGAGGAAAAUUUUGGAUUUAAGAUGACCCUCCAAACAGUCUCCCUCCCUCCUACCCAUCCUUCCUUCCUCCUUCCCUUUCUUCCUUCCUCCCUCCCUCCUUCCUUUCCUUCCUUUCUUCCUUUCUCCCUCCCUUCCUCCCUUCCUUUCUUACUCCCUUCCUCCCUUCCCGACUUCUCUCCUUCCCUUCUCUCUCCCUCUUUCUCUGUCUGAACGGCUGAGGACAGGCAGCUUCCUUUAUUAAGGAACAGACAAUGAUUGACAUCUCUUGCACAGGGAACCCAGUGAAGCCACACACUCCACGGACAGGCCUGAGGGGCCCCAGGCAGCUCAUUCCCCUGAGACUGCAGGAGUGGGGAUGACUGUGAGCAACCUCUUGAGCCCUGCUGUUUGUUCAAAUGGAGGAGAUGUCUCUGCCAUUCAUUUCUCACGUUGGCUUUUGGACCGCAGAGCUGAAAGACAUCUCCUAGCUGCAGUCUUCCUUUGCUGCCUCUUGCAUGGAGUAAGAACCUGAAGGCCAUGCUCAGAGCAUUCCUGGAAGGGAAGCUAGUGUUCAGAACUCUGUGCAGCCUGGGCUCUGGCUCUGGGCCAUGCCCAGGGGAGAAGGUGGCCUCGGUCUCUGUGCACUAUGUUAGGGCUGAAGGAGAGAUGGCUUGGUGGGUGGGAAGUUCAGAUUUUGGGAGCAGGAGACAGGGGUUUCAGGUUAGCUCCCUGACUAAUGUACUCAGUGGCAUGUCGGUUUCCUGGGCCUCCAUUUCCCUAUCUAUAAAUAGGUCACUAAAGACAUCUUUCUUCUAAAACUUAAUGAAUCAAUUGUCACACACAAGUCCAGAGUGUAGGAGCCAAUUCAGGAGCAAAGUGGCAGGAUCUGAGUUUUUGUGUGUGUGUUAUUUUGUAGAGAUAAGGUUUCACCAUGUUGUCCAGGCUGGUCUCGAACUCCCGAGCCCGGGAGAUCCCCCCACCUAGGCCUCCCAAAGUGGCGAGAUUACAGGUAUGAGCUACUGUGCCUGGCCCUGUUUUCAGUUUUUGUUUCCUGGCAAUUCUGUCCAAAGUAAUUGUGGGCUAAAUAUUUAUCAGCUGCUUCUGAAUUCUACAGAAGACAGUCUGGGUAAAUUAGAAUGACAAAUAUACCUUGGCCUCAAGGUGGGAACUUCGGAUUUAAAUUAUGUCUGCAGAAGUAGAGACACAGCAAGUAUAAUCACAAUUUGCCUCCUGUGUCUGAAUGAAAACAGCUACCAAAGCCUGUGACACUCGAGGCUCAGGCUCCUGCCUGGGUCUGAAUCCUGGAAUUGUAGGGCCUUGUGCCUGCAGGACACUGUUUCCUCGGAGUCCUACAGCUCUGCUGCUUCACUUUAUCCAUGUCCAAGCCAGAAGAUGGGGAAUGGGGUACCAGCUGAGGGCCCAGUGUUCAUAUCUUUCAAAUCUUCUUCCUGCUGGUGCCAGCCAGCCUCCCUUCUCUGUGGCUGUCAGAGGGGGACCAGUGCCAGGGGUCACAGUCAGUCCCUGGACUUGCCCUCUGUGUCACAGCAGAGCCUCUGACCUGGAAGGCUGUUUGCUUGUCAUUAUGUAACUGGUCUGUGCUUUUGAGCCUGCCAAAGCUCAGGGUUUUUCCAUUCUGAAAAGGGAUUGGAUGCUAUCAGUGGGCCUGGGCUGGAGAUGCUGGGAAGUAGAUUUUAUAAAACGAUGUUGUCCUGGUAACCCUGAGUGGCUGAUGGGCUGCUGGGAAGAGGGGAGGAGAUCAGGGCAGUGGGCCAUCUGGGAAAGGGUGCUUACAACCCUGGUGGCCACUGUGUGAGGAGUAGACAGUGUCCCCAACUAUGAACCUGUGGUUUGUCCAGCAAACACAGGUGUAUGUUUCAAAAAAGCUGGGGGCAAGCAGCCAUUCAUUAACCAAGCAAAUGCCUUGGGUGAGGCUAGCCAUUGCCAACCCACAGCCCAGCCUGCCCUGCCCUGGCUUAUGCUUGUGCCACCUUGUACCUCUCUUCUGAGUAGUGACCAGCAGAAUUGACUGGAAUGCUUGACAAAAUCAUAGGCUCUUGGCCUCAUUCUGGACCCAGUGAGUGAAAACCUCAGAAAUCUGUCAUCUUCACGGGUUCCUCAGGUGAACCGGAUGUUUGGCCAGUUUUGAAACCACUGCCCCAAGAAAUACAGACACCACAGUGGCUUUCUGCCUGCCUCUCACCAUACAGGGCAGCCCUGGAGCCUGGAAGCCAGCAUUUUCCCAUUCCUUACAGGCCCCUCAUGAGGUGAAGGGAGUGCUGCUUAACUGUAUAGUGUCAGACCCCAAAUAAUCUCCCUCAACGGACCAGCGCCCCGCUAGUGAAAACCAACUGCAGACCUAAACCUUCCCUAUUUCCAGGGUUUCACUGCUUCCUGUGACUUUAGGGAGGAGGUCUGCGGUUGAGACAGCUCUGAGGAGCUUCAGAGCACGUGAGGCACUGGAUGCGUGAGACCUUGAGGGGGAAAUUGUGUGCACAUGGGCUUGGGGCUGUUUGUGUGUAUUGUUGUACAUGUGUGAGUGUGUGUUGAGUGCUUGUAUGGAAACCAACAAUCCAGUAUGGAAACCAGAACCCAGUGCUUGAUGUUCUCAGCAUCCUGCCACUGGGGGGCUCAGCCCCUACCUCCCCAGCCUGUCUCCAGGUUUACCUCUGCAUACUCCCCACUGAAGAACAUUGGCUUGGGCUGACCCCGGAGACUCUGGGUGAGGAGUUGAGGUGCUUGGUCAUGGACAAAAGGUCCUCCGUAAGGGGUCCUUAGCUGUGUUCUAGGACACCGGGGGGUCCACAGAGAUUGAGCACUAAUAUGAUCCUCUUUCCCUGCCAGGUCUUGGAUUGUAUGUCACCAUUUCCCCCACCACCCGAGUCCCUACCUGACCACUGAAGCUAAGGUUGCUCCAACCCCAGUCACCAUUACAACACUCCAUUUUAUUUUCUUCUAAGAAUUAUGGUUAUCUGAUAUCAUCUUGGCUAUCUGCUUAAGUUAUGUCAGUGUUGCAAAGUCAUUAAGAAUAAGGAAUCUAGCUGGGGUCAGUGGCUCACGCCUGUAACCCCAGCACUUUGGGAGGCCGAAGCGGGCAGAUCAUCUGAGCUCAGGAGUUCGAGACCAGCCUGGGCAACACAGCCAAACCCCACCUCUAAAAAUACAAAAAAUUAGGCGGGCAUGGUGGCGCAUGACUGUAAUCCCACCUACUCAGGAGGCUGAGGCAGGAGGAUUAUUUGAGCCCAGGAAGCGGAGGUUGCAGUGAGCAGAGAUCGUGCCACUGUGCCCCAGUCAGGGCAAUGGAGUGAGACUCUGUCUCAAAAAAAUAAAAUAAAAUAAAAUAAAAAUAAAAAUAAAAAGAGUAAGGAUUCUGGAGUCAGACUGCCUGGAUUCAAAUCCUGGUUCUACCAGUUUGCACCUGUGUGACCUGGGCAAGUCACAUAAUACACUCUCUGUGUGUUAGUUCCCUUCUUGGUAAAAUUGGGAUCAUGACAGUGUCCACCUCAGAGGGUUGUUGAAGGAAUAGAUGAACUGAUAUAAGCAAGGCAAUUAGGACAGCACUGGCCUGCAAUAAAUGCCAUGCAAACAUUAGUCCCUGCUGUUGUUAUUAGUACAAGACCAUAUCACUCACUUCUGCAGUCCCACUGCCUUGAAAAGGGCUGGGAACCACAUACACACUCAAUCAAUAACUGUUGAAUGAAUAAGUAAAUGAAUAAUAAAUGAAUGAAUCUGAGUCCUCCACCAAGAUGUGUGACCCAAUUCCCUUCUCUGGAGCUUAACUCAGCUCUAAGCUGGAUCCAAGAGAGAAACAGCAAAACUCAUUUUGGAAUAUGGUUACGGACACAGCCUCCUUUCUCUGAUAAUUGAGCAUCCCUGGCCCCGGCAGCAGUGGCCAUGUGCAGCUGGUGCUGUGGCCUCGUGCUGCCCCCUGCUGGUUGCCUCCAAGACAAGGCCAGCAAACCCAGAGAGACUCAAGCCCAGCCAGGUGAGUGGUGGGAUCACAUGAGCACCUUGUCUGCAACUUCAGAUGCUCCCGCUUUCCUCCUCUCGACGAUUGUCCUGGUUGCUUUGCUCACUGGGGUUGUGCCCCCACCCUGCAGGGCCAGGGCCAGACGCACGCUCCUACUGCGUGACCGCAGGUCUUCAGCAUGCUGGAUCCCGACAGCCCUCAGUGCACAGCAAGCCCCGGGGACUGGCGGGAUGCUCUGCUCCUUGUCUGUACAUCUGUCUGUCUCCUUUCCAAGCCUAGAAUGUGAUCUCUUUAGGGCAGGACCCACAGGCCACCCCCACACUCUCCUUGCCUGCCCCUCCACAGGUCUCUGUGUCCGAGGCAAUUUCAGAAUCCCCUCAAGACAGGACUUUGCUGCUGCUCUUGCCCGAGCCCUGUCGGGGCUGGAUUUGUGGGCUCCUCUCUGGGUUCCCUUUGCGGACUUUUUGGGUAUCUCUCUCAAAUGCAGUCACUUUUUUCUUUCCUCAGCAUCAGCAGGGAAAGAAUCUGGACUUUUCUCUGAAUCAGGUUCUUUUGGAGAACACUACUAAGUAUAUGCUUGUGAUUUUCGUGUGAUGACCUUGCGUCAUUUCAAAAGGACAAAGGGGUUCAGGCUGGGAACCUGUAACUCAGGACAGUUUAGGGACUCUGCCUGGGACCCAUCAGGCCACCAGCAGAGGGUCCGGUGCACAGAUGGAUGGUGGGGAUCUCCUAGGGGAUCUCAAAUGGAAAUGACAUUGUUGUUCCGCCAGCUUCAACACUGUCCUUGUUUCUUGUUCUUGGGCUUCCUGGGAAGCCAGCUGGUGGAAGCACAGGAUUCUUGCAGAAGUCCCAGAAGGUGCCUUCACUGGGUGCAUGAUGAAGCUGGGGGCAACCCCCUUGUUGGGUACCCUGUGGACCUGCAGGGCAGUGCCCUCUUAAGCCAAGGAUGACAAACAUUAGCACGCAUACUUACCCUCUCCUCCCCCAUAUCUGUGCCAGAUGCAACUAAUCAACGAUCUCCUACACAGCCUGGAAAAGAUCCUGAAAGCUAUUUAACCCCACAGUCAUUACCAAGGGAUGUGAGAUGGUGUGGGGAAAAAGACUCAUUGUCCAGCCCUACAGCCCUGCCCAGAGCUCCUGAUGUGUCCAGCUUCCUAUCCCCAUGAGACUCUAUGACCUUGACAAUUACAGAAGUACCACCAGAAGCCAUAUGCCGAGUUGCAUGUGGGACCCUUUUCCCCAGUGAGAGCAUCCUCUGGAGACCUCACCUUGCCCAGCAGUGCUGACCCUUUCCUGUGCUGUCUGCAAGCAGUUCCUGGGUGGUCAUCUCUCCUACACUGAUGGGAUCUGGUUCCCAAGCACCCCAAGGGCAGGAAUCAGAAAAGGUCAUGAACAUUUUGGAUUCACUAUGUGAAAAGGGUCUGGGGAGUCCAGAGGUAGAAGCUCCCAACCAUGGCUGAGAUGGAGGGGAAGGUGAUGAGACAUGGUUUAACAUCACACUCACUGUUAUAUGGUCGUGCUUGCCUAAUGCACCAAGAUUAUGAGCUAAAUUCCACAUCAGAUAAAAAGCAGUGCCGCUUUCCUCCUCAGCCAGGGAGCUAUAAACCACCUGGAGCUUCAGGGCAGGGAGUGUAGAAUCUGACCCCAGGCCACAGAGCAAAAGCAAGGGAAGGAUGGGGAGGGAUGCCAAAUUCCCUGAGUUCUUGCUGCUUUCAGUUCUGAUCAAUGCCUAAAAGGAAGUGAAUAUGUUAUCUCAAAAUUAUUUUUAUCUUUUUCGUAUCUCUGCUCCUUUCUUAUGGCUACUACAUAUGUUGGCUUUUUUUUCUUAUACAGAUUUAUCAACAUGUAUUUGUCUAAUUCAACUCUUAAAAAGUCUAGUUUCUGAGAUAAUUUGUCAUAUCUAUUAUUGCUUUUUGUCGUUGUCAACACAGGGUCUUGCUCUGUCUUCCAUGCUGAAGUGCGGUGUCACAAUCAUGGCUCACUGCAGCCUCGACUUCCUGGGCUCAAGUGAUCCUCCUGCCUCAGCCUCACAAGUAUCUGGGACUUCAGGUGCACGCCACCACACCUGGUUAAUAUUUAUUUAUUUAUUAUAGAGACAGGAUCUCCGUAUGUUGUCCAGGCUGGUCUUUAACUCCUGACCUCAAGUGAUCCUCCCCAAUCAGCCUCCCAAAGUGCUGGGAUUACAGGUAUGAGCCACCAUGCCCAACUUAUUUCUAUUAUUGUUAUUUGUUUUAUAUUUCAUUAAUUUCACUUUUAUAUUUAUUUGUUUUGUCCUUUUUUUGUUGUUUUAAAAAUUUGUUUUAAAAAGAUGAACACUUAGUUCAACUAUUUUCAGUCCAUGUUUUUUAUUUUUAAAUUUUUAAUAAUGAAAGCAAAGUUACUUAUUUCCUCUGAGUAUAGCUGUAACUCUAUCUCAUAGAUUUUGGGAUACAUAUUACUGUUUCAUUAAGGUUUAAAAAUUACUACUAAGAUUAUGCAUUUUUCACGUAUCAGUACUAUUGGCCAUUAGUAUUUCUUCCUUUAUGAAUUUCCUCUUCUCAUUCUUAUGCCAUUUUCCUAUUUAGAUAUUCAUUAUUUUUUUAUUGAUUUAUCUGUUGUGUACAUUGCAAAUACAUAACCACUUUUCUUUUACAUUGUGUUUUACUUUUCAGUAGAAAAGUUUUACGUAUUUCUUAUGUAGUCAGAUAUAUCAAUAUUAUCACUUUGGGUUCCCUUGUCUGAUAACAUUCUUAGAUAGCUCUUUUUCCUUCCAAGACCACAUAAAUUGUUACUUAUAUUUUCUUCUAAUUUUAAUUUGUAUAUGUAAUAAAAUAAUCUGAUUUUACACUUCCUCUAAAUGUUUAUUUAACCCAGAAUGAUUCAUUGGUAAGUCAUUGUUUUCCUGUGAUUUUGGCAUUCUCUCUUUAUCAUGCAUAUAGAACACAUACGUGUAUAUAUACAUACUUGAGCCCAUUUUUAGCCUUUCUGUUCUUUUUCAUUGUUCUGUCUAUUUCUGUGUCAUUAAUAUACAACUUCAAUUAUGCUAGUUUUAUAAAACCCUCUAACAUAGAUGGGUCAAGUUCAUUCUAAUUAUCCUAUUUUAAGCAAUUUUCCUAACCCUUGAGAGUCAUUCUUUCAUAAGAGCUUUAGAAUCACUUCAUGAAGUCCUCACACCUUCCUCCACUCCCUCUUUUCUUUCCUGUGAACAUUGUAUAGGGGUACAGUAAGUGUCUAGGUUCUCUGUGGGAUCCCCAUCCCUCUCAUCCUCUCUCUGUUCUCUCAGGCCGUCUCUCUAGCUGGGGGCCAAGCAUCCCCUUCCUGCCCUGAUCCUUCCCUCUGGUCACAGAAUGCGUUUGCUUGGCCUGAAGUUGCCAUCAGAACUUUCAGCCCUGGCCUGGCCCCAGGCACUUAUGCUUCAAAUGAAGUAUUAAGGGAAUUAAAAAAUAAAUAUGUACAAGGGCUGGCAAUGAGGCCACUCUGCAAUUUCCUCAGAUCAAAGGGCCUAGAGACAUCUUAAAAACACUUUAUUCAACCCUACAAACAGGACUUACAUAAGGACCAUUCUGCUCAGGCAGGGUGCUGCUAAGUCCCUCUCUGUGGCUCAAAGGUGUUUCAGCCAGGUAGUCUGAGAUUGCCUACAGACUCUUAAGUAAAUAGAGGGCAAACAUGUUAAUAUUCAAAUGUAUCCAGGAAGGAUGGGUGCUGCAGUAACAACCCCCAAAUAUCACUCAGAGUACAAGUCCAUUGCCUAGAUCCAGGCAGUUGCUUUCCAUGCAUUUGCUCAAGGGCAGUUGCUUUCCAUGCAUCUGCUCAGGUUCCAGAAUGUUUGAUUGUACAACAACUUUAUUAUUAUUAUUAUUAUUAUUAUUAUUAUUGAGACAGGGUCUCACUCUGUCGCCUAGGCUGGAGUGCAGUGGCGCAAUCUCUGCCCACUGCAACCUCCACCUCACGGGUUCAAGUGAUUCUCCCUUCUCAGCUUCCCAAGUAGCUGGGAUUACAGGCACGUGCCAGCACUCCCAACUAAUUUUUGUAUUUUUAGGAGAGACAGGGUUUUGCCCAUAUUGGUCAGGCUGGUCUUGAACUCCUGACCUCAAAGUGAUCCACCCGCCUCGGCCUCCCAAAGUGCUGGGAUUAUAGAUGUGAGCCACCGCACCUGGCCUUGUACAAGAACUUUAUAUCUACCAAUCUGUCUACAAUCACAGAAGACAUGGCAGCAGACGAGAGGGCAUUUUAGAAAUGUAUACCCACUCUUUUCUGCUUCUCCCCAGGAGUGACCCACAUCACAGGUUCAUGCCUGCCUUCAAAAGUCCUCUCAGUGAAAGAUUGGCGAGAAACAGUAAAACCUACCAUAAGAUGCCAGGCCUGCUGUUAGCCAUAGAGAGGCCUAAUAGUCACAGGCAAUUAGAGUGGACAGUAAUGAAGACUGCUUUGAUCUCUGAGUGGCUUGGUAAUUGCACAAAGAGAGGUCUCUUCUCUAUUCUCAUGGUUAAAACUCUUAUCAUCCAUCCAUUCAUUCUAAAUCCACUUGUUGAGCACCGCUAUUGUCCAUUGCCAGAACAAUCCUGCAGCUUACUCAUCUUGUUAUGUUAGAGAAGUGCAGGAUCACGAGGGCAUGACUAGCCAUGUCAAUCUUUGUAUCCAAUGCCUGGAUAAAUAUUUGACAUACAGAUUAAGACUGCAUUUCUCUAAUAGAUAACUAGUUUCUUUGCUCUAGGUAGGUAACUUGAAAAUGUCAAGCACAUCAUUAAACUUGAAUUUUAAGGUGAACAUCUGGAAAGGAAGAGUGGUUGAGAAUGCCCUGAACUUAUGCCACUCAAGUUUCAGUGAUGUGUAUCGAGGGGAUUCAGAACAUAGACAGGAUCCUAGAAAAGCAAAUGUCAGAGGACUCCACAUCAGCUGCUCAUUAUGGAAUGUGGACUGGGUUGGUGACAGAAGGUUGAAAACCAGGAUGAGACUUGAGAGUAUACUUUUUAACUGAACAGGGGUUUCUCUAUGAAACUGCUGUGAAAGUCCCCACUUCAGACAUGGAUGGGUCCCAGCCUGCUCUCAUGGUGUCCAUGGUGAGAGUCACAACAUCACCUGAGAGUGCAAAUCACUUGACACACAGGCUACUAAACAAGGGACCCUGACUGCUACAGUUAAGGUGGGGCAGACACUGAGAUCUGUGUUGACCUUGGCCCAUGUGUGUUAGUGCAGGGGAGACCUCUGUGCUCAGGAACUGGUUAGGACCUGAAUUUCUGAAAUAACUGCUUCAGUCCCCUAUUCCAAUCAGCCUGUGCCUACAGAUCUCAAAUGGCCCUCCCUGCUUGUUCUCUGUGCUGGAGAGCAAACCAGACCCCUGUGGCCCAUGGCACUGAUGGAUCUGAAGCUUCUUCUUGGGGUUUGAAGUAUCCACAUUCCAGGCCUUCAACAUCAUAGGAGAUUUUUUUCUCUCCACACACUUCAACUACGCUGACUUUUCCCUUAGCAAGAAGUAGGUUUGGCUUAAGUAUUGGGGUAGGUAGUGGUCACUUUCAGGGGGUCUUCCCAGACCAUCAUGAUCUUGCAUCUAUCCCAGUGGCCAUAUUGUACCACGCGGACCCACUCCCCAAGUUUAGUUGAUUGGACCAGAGGUGGGCAUCUGAGACAGAAAGACUCAUUUCCACAGGAGUUUCCAAUUGAUCCCAUUGGAGAGUUUCUGAUUUCUGUGCAGCCGUCUUUAGGACACAUGAUUCUUAAUGCUUGGGUAGUCAAGAGACCAGGAAGCAGAGGAAGCUGGUGUGCAAAAAAGGGAAAGAUGCAAAGAUGCACAGGGAGAAGCAGAAGCCAGGGAGAGAGCUUGCCAUUACCUGAGUCCCCCUAGUCCUUUUUAAGCCCAUUUGGAACCCUUUAUUCAGAGAAAAAAACACUUCUCUUGGUUUAUGCUACAUCCAAGUGUUUUCUCUUACUUGUAAUAAAAAAGCCAUUCUGAGCUCCCUCAA